AUGGCAUCGCUCUACGACCUCAGCAUCCCCGUGCUGACCAACAUGCUCGCAUGUGAAGAGAGCCUCCUGAAGAAGGCAGAAGACUUCGCCGUUGAGAACAAGAUCCCCGUGACGGAGCUCUUGGAGGCUCGUAUUCACGAUGAUAUGCUGCCGCUGGGGUUACAGAUCGUAAUCACCAUCAAUCAGGCCAGGAGGGCCCUCGAGACGCUCACCGACCUCCAAGCCCCGGCCCUGGAGAAAGAGGCGUUACCCCAAGAAGAGUACCACACUCAGCUCUCAGAGAUGUUGAAGCUGUUGUCGGAUACCAAGCCCGAGUCUAUCAAGGUCCAGCCAUCCGACACGGUCUCGAUCCUUAUACCAACCGGGGAAGUGAAGUGCAGCGCUGUGGAGUUCGUCACUGGCUUCACCCUGCCGAACGCCUACUUCCAUGUCACCACCAUGUAUGACAUUCUGAGGAUGAAGGGCGUGCCCCUCGGCAAGAAGGAUUACCUGAUGCAUUUCUUGUCGAAACUAUAA